AUGAGCUUCCAGGUGACAGGCCUGGGCCUGGACAAGAUGAAGCUGGACAGUCCCCAGUCCUUCCUGGACCAGGAGGAGGUGGAGGAGGCUGAGGACCGGCAGCUGCUGGAGCCGGAGGCUUGGAGGACCUACACAGCACGUCGCAACGCCCUGCAGGAGUUCCUGGCCUGCGACCUGAGCGCCCACCUGCUGAAGCGCCACCACGCCCGCAUGGAGCUGCUGAGGAAGUGCUCCUACCACAUCGAGAUCCUGCCCAAGCACCUGGCCCUGGGCGACCAGAACCCGCUGGUGCUGCCCAGCACCAUGUUCCAGCUCAUCGACCCCUGGAAGUUCCAGCGCAUGAAGCAGGUAGGCACCGCGCAGACCAAGAUCCAGCUCCUGCUGCUCGGAGACCUGCUGGAGCAGCUGGACCGCGGCCGGGCCCAGCUGGAUGCCCUGCUCGAGUCGCCCGACCCGCGGCCCUUCCUGGGGGGCUGGGCGCUGGUGGAACAGCGGCUGGCGGACCUGGCGGCCGUCAUGGACAACUUCCUGGCCAUGAUGGUGCCGGGGCGCCUGCACAUCAAGCACCGCCUGGUGUCUGACGUCGGCGCCACCAAGAUCCCGCACAUCCGGCUCAUGCUCAGCACCAAGAUGCCCGUCAUGUUCGACCGCAAGGAGUCGGUGGCCCACCAGGACUGGGUGGCCCUGCGCUGGUUCGUCACCAUCCAGCCCGCGGUGCCCGAGCAGUUCGAGCUGCGCUUCAAGCUGCUGGACCCACGGACACAGCAGGAGUACCUGCAGCGCGGCAUCAUCCCCGUGGCCGCCUGCACCUUCAACGUCCACAACCUGCUGCCCAACCGCGUCUACAAGUUCACCGUCAAGAGGGCGGAGAGCUACACGCUGGUCUACGAGCCCUGGCGGGACAGCCUCACACUGCAGACCCGGCCGGGGCUGCCCGAGGGGCCGCGCCCCCGUCGGCUGGGCAAGCCGGGCUGCCCCUGA